AUGAAGUUCGCAUCAAUCGCUCUAUUGGCCACUACCGUCGCUACGGCCCUGGCCAACCCUGUUAUUUCCCGUUCCCCAAAGGAGUUCAAGCUCAAAACCACCGGCUCCACGAACUCCGAAUUCAACGACCUUUAUCUUUACUCUUAUCACACGGGCGCAGGUCUCAGUGAUGGAGUGUUAGACGGCAAUGCUACUGUAGCAACAAAGUUCUCACUUAAUGGCACAGUUGCCUCUGCGGAUCUGGGAACAGAUUUCCCAUGGGGCCUGACAGUUGCAGGUGACACCAAUUAUGCCGCAUGGGAGCCCGUCACUAUCAACGCAGGAGCUAGUGAAACAGGAUUCGCGAUCAGCAAUGGCAACUUUGUUUGGUCCUCGGACGAUGGCUUUGCUGGCUGGCUUGUCUGCCCCUGGUACCACAAUGCGCCGCAGCUGUUCGGCCUCAUCUCAUACUACGAUCCCGUCAUUCCUUCAAGCUGUAGCAAGGUCACUCUGAAGGCUGUUUACUGA